AUGGCGACGCCCAUGGAAGAGGACCGGCUGGAGGCGGCGGCGGCGGCGCCCGCAGACGUCGCCGGAGGAGGCGCGGAAGACGGGGAGAAGCCCGACGCGCCGCCCAUGGAAUCGGACUCAGACUCUUCGGACUCCGACGACGAAGGGGACGCCGGCGACGAGCUCCGCAUCCAGGCCCUGGAGCGCGCCCUCCUGGAGCAGCCGCUCAACUACGAAUCCCACGUUCAGCUCAUACAAUGCUUGAGAAAAUCUGGGAAUAUCGAGAAGCUUCGUGCUGCAAGGGAGGAGAUGAACAAGUACUUCCCUCUCACACCGAAGAUGUGGCAGGAUUGGGCAAAGGAUGAGAUUUCAUUGAGCUCUGGUCGUGGAUCUUUUGAUGAUAUUGAAAAACUCUAUGAACGUGGAGUGCAAGAAUAUCUGAAUAUUAAGUUGUGGCGGGAUUACCUUGAUUAUGUUGAAGAGCAUGAUCAGUCAGUGUCUCAAUGUUCGCAAUCUGGUCUCUCAAAAAUGAGGGAUUUGUAUGAGCGUGCAAUCACUGCAGGGGGUCUACACGUGACCGAAGGCAGCAAACUAUGGGAAGCCUACAGGGAAUAUGAGAUGGCUAUUUUGACCAUAAAUGAUGGUAAUGACGAGGAGAAGGCAAAGCAGGUUCAACGUGUCCGCGCGCUCUUCCACCGCCAGUUAUCUGUGCCUUUGGCUGACAUUGAGUCAACACUUGCUGCGUAUAAGAGUUGGGAAGCUGAAGAAGGCAAUACAAGGGACCCAGAUUCCCAGGUUGAUGAUGUUCCCCCAAAUGUUUUAUCUGCUUACAAAAAGGCCAGCGAGAUGUACAAUGCACGGAAGCAGUAUGAGGAUGAACUAAGCGUCGCGGCUGAAUCCGAGGCUAACAAACUACAAGUGUUCCUGAAAUACAUCAAAUUUGAGGAGUCUUUUGGUGACCCUGCUCGUGUCCAAGUUUUAUACGAACGGGCCGUUUCUGAGCUUCCCGUUUCAAGUGAUCUAUGGAUGGGAUACACGAGUUACCUGGACAGAACCCUAAAGGUACCUGCUAUACUAAAAAGUGUUUACCACAGAGCGACGAGAAACUGUACAUGGGUUAGUGACCUAUGGGUCCACUACUUGCUGUCUUUGGAGCGCAUUCGUGCAUCUGAAGACGAACUGCGACAUGUCUUUGAGCUAGCCAUUCAAUGUUCUUUCCCAAGCAUGAACGAGUACCUCAAUAUUUAUCUUACUCGAGUUGAUAGUUUAAGACGGAGAAUGCCAACUGGCUUGGAUUUCGAACUGAUUAGGCAGACAUUCGUGGAUGCUGCUGAGUUCCUCUCACCACAACUAGGAAUUGAGGAGCUAUUACUCUUGCAUGCAUACUGGGCUAAAUUAGAGUGUAAUAUUGGCAAAGAUAUAGCUGCAGCACGCGGAGUUUGGGAAAAUGCUCUCAAGAAAAGUGGGUCUGUUUUGGAGGUUUGGCAGCACUAUAUUUCAAUGGAGAUAGAAAUGGGGCAUACUCAUGAGGCAAGAUCACUUUACAAGCGUUGUUAUAGCAAAAAAUUUGCUGGGUCUGGAUCAGAGGCUGUAUGUCAUGCGUGGAUAAGAUUUGAAAGGGAGCAUGGCACCUUGGAUGAUUAUGACCUUGCUAUAAAAAAGGUCACCCCUCGUUUGAAGGAGCUUAUAAUGUUCAAGGCUCAGCAGGAGGCUAAAUCGGACCCAUCCUCAGCUCCCAAAGAAACUUCUUAUGCAAAUGAUUCCUCUCAGAAAAGAAAGCCAAGUAAAAUGACCAGUAAAGUGCAGCCUCCUGCUAAAAAAAGGAAAGAUAAUCCACCUAAAAAGACCGUGUCAUCAGAUGACCACAGAUCGAAGGAACAAAGCACAGACAGUCAUCUUCAAGAAGGUGGAGAGGUCAUCAAAGGGAACGCCGAGGUGCCUGUGGAAAUGAAAGUUGAAGGUGACAGCAAAAGAGGAAAUACAAGUUCAAAUCAACCGAAGCCGUACUUCUACAGUGACAAAUGCACUGCCUACAUGUCAAAUAUAGACUUGAAAGCAACUGAGCUGCACAUCCGUGGUUUCUUUUCUGACAUUGGUGGCGUGGUAGACAUAAGGUUACUGAGGGACAGAUCCACGAAAAAAUCAAGGGGGUUGGCGUAUGUGGACUUUUCAGACAAGGAUCAUCUUGAGGCGGCCAUUAGAAAAAACAAGCAAAAGUUGCUCAGUAAGAAAGUAAGUGUUGCUCCUUCAGAUCCAAGCAAGAGUAAGAAGAACCGUGAAGCAGGCACUUCCUCCAAAGAUAAAUUGCCCUCUGGAGGUGAUCAUGGUGAAAAGGCGCCAGUCGACGGUACUUCAGAGAAGGAGAUGCCCAAAGGUGAGACGAAAAUCACAGGCAAGAACACAUUAUUCGCGCCACGGGCUUUGGUCAAACCACUUGGAUGGAACAAGAAAGAUGAGAAACCAGAUGUUGCUGCGGAAGAGCUGAAGUCGAAUGAUGAGUUCAGAAAUCUGUUGCUUAAGAAGUGAUGUCCGUAGGCAGGUUAGUUCGUCGGUGUCUUCACGUCCCACCAAGGACCUCUACCUUGCACCUGACCUGUGGAAUGAAUGAAUAUAAUGAAGUGUUAACUUGACCUUUAACCGGCUCCUACUGUGUUACUGUGUUCUCCUGUCGUCGCACGAAAUUCCGACACUUUUACUGUGUUA